AUGAUGUCAUACGCAGAAGUCAGGACCGCAACUGCCCAGGUGGGGGUGAUGAGAUUUUGCAUUCGGUAUACGAGCGGAGCAGCAACAAACAAUGCUAUAGGCUUCCCAUUGAUUGGACAGUGUAAGGCCUCAGAUGCACGCUACGAGAUCGUAGUUCUGGUCGAUACUCGGGCGUGCGGCAUGUCAGCUCAGUUCAACCCGGAUAUUAUCCCCGAAAGUGACUCCGUCAUCUGUUAG